CAGACCGGUUCAGAAUUAGUUGUGAAGAAGAAAGCUCGAAGUUUAGACGUGCCUGAAGCCUAACUCUCGAGGACACAGCUCCGUCUGUCAUCACACCGCCGACCAAAUAAGGGCUACACAAUUUUGAAACUGCGCUGCUGAAGAUAAGCUCAGGAAGAAGUCAGAUGUCACUUGAGGCUUCCAGAAUUGAGACUCAAGUUGUGCAAGUAAUGCCAGGGUUAGGGAAACUCAAAAUUCAAUAAUUUAGGAGUGGAACAGUCUAUACUCACGGGACGCAUUUGUGACUUCUAUGGCGAAAACUAGAAGCAGUUAUUUCCAGAGAUACAGAAUCCGCAUUUCUGUUCUUUAACAGUGUUCACAGACUCCUCGAGAAAGAAAUUUGAAUAGCGAUUUAAAAUAAUAUAGAAACUUAAAUAAACUUCUAUAAUAAACUAAAACUUCUAUAAUAUAAUUAAUUUAAUAAUAAAAUUAUAGCACUAAUAAUACGGGUUUAGCAAAGUCUCUGUCACAUUCACAACAACCAAGAGUUUUCAGAGGCAUCCGAAUAAGGUUUAAGCUGGUACACACACUAUCAAGAAGGCAGUUAUUGAAGAUACCAAAGAGUAACAAUGCCGAUGAAGGAUUUCUCGAAACGACAAUGGCUUACGCUCGUUGUAUUUAGCAUCGCUGACUUCUGCAAUGCCAUCUGCGUGUCUCUGCAGGCCCCCUUCUACCCAAAAGAGGCGGAGCGGAAGGGGGCCACCGCCACGGAGUACGGCCUCGUCUUCGGCAUCUUCGAGCUCGUCGUCUUCUUCAUCAGCCCCAUAUACGGCCAGCACCUUAAUCGGAUAGGCCCGAAGCUACUGUUCAAUGGCGGCAUCUUCACCACAGGAGCAUGCGCAAUUCUGUUCGGGCUCCUGGACCAUGUGAACGAGCACUGUCCCUUCAUCGUGCUGUCCUUCCUGAUUAGGAUAGUGGAGGCCUUGGGAAACGCUGCCUUCCUCACGGCCAGUUUCGCUAUCAUAGCCAAGGAGUUCCCUGACAAUGUCGCAACAACUUUCGCAUCGUUGGAGACGUUCUUUGGACUGGGGCUCAUAGUGGGGCCCACAGUUGGUGGGGCUCUAUAUCAGGUAGGAGGGUACACAACGCCAUUUGCAAUCAUGGGCUCAGCGCUGUUUCUUGCGGCCAUUAUGACAGCGUUUGUGCUCCCGGAGCACGCAGAACCCGCGGAGGAUGCGCAGCAGGCCUCGAGCCUACUGCAAGUGCUUAGGAUUCCCGGCGUGCUCCUGGCCGCGUCCAGCAUCAUCGUCACGUCCAUGAGCAUCGGGUUCCUGCAGGCCACGCUCGAGCCCCACCUGCGCCAGUUUGACCUGCCCCCGAUGGUACUGGGCCUCAUGUUUGUCAUCAACGGGGGCACAUACGCUCUCACGGCCCCCUGCUGGGGCUGGCUAUGCGACAAGAAGGUGAUGCCCAAAAUUGCCACCGCCACGGGCUGCCUUCUCAUCAUCAUUGGUUUCUUGCUAGUCGGACCCGCGCCCUUCAUUCCCGGACCCACGAUCCUGUGGGUGUCCAUCUUAGGCCUCGUGUCUCACGGACUGGGCAUUGCUGCUCAGCUUGUGGCCUCCUUCACAGAUGCACUGAGAACAGCCAUAUCCUACGGCUUCCCAAACAACUUGGAAACUUACGGGCUGAUCUCUGGACUCUGGACAUCAACAUUUGCUCUUGGAGCCUUUGUGGGGCCCUCCAUUGCAGGGAUACUUUAUGACAGCGUGGGAUUCAGGAAUGGCACAAUGUUCAUUGUGCUUCUCAAUGUGAUAGUGGGGAUCCUGGUGGUGAUAUUCAUAUGCUGCUCUCGCCAGAGGGUGCCAUACAAACAGGUUCCCCCUGCGGAAGAUCUGAAGGUCACCACAAGUAACUCUGAGUCAUACAACUCAAGCAACGGCCAUGCUGGGGGCAGUGCCAUUGCUAUCGAGCGGCCACCAGGUAUGAACGGCAUCAUCGCCUGCAACAGCUACAAGAACCGCCAUGGCACAUGGCACCGCAAAGAAAGUGGUGCUAUUCUUAUUGGGCCCUAUAGCACCAGCUAUGGCAGCUGUGAAUCCAGGGGGUUCCUUGAAAGCGUUGCGUAAGCCCAGCGCCAAGGUUCACAAGUUUCAUUGUGUGUGUUCAGUGCUUUAUCACUUGAGGACAUUGGUCACCACCGAAUGGGAUAUUACAGGUCAAUGUGACAGUUAUGAAAGUGGUUGUGGCCAAUUUAAUCCUUUGUCCAUUCAGUUUGCCACAUUAAUAUGUGGUGCUAUCAGCCCAGCUUUUUUCAGGGUAUUUAAAUUUCAAAUGAAAUUUUACUGUUUUCCUCUAUUAGUAGGGAGCAGAGAUCUUUUAAUUUUUGUACGUUGGGAGGAGUAAAGGGUGAGUGAAUUACCCAAACAUUUGCCUGAAAAUAACCAUCUCCCUGCCAUCUGAAAUUAUGAGUUGUCUGUUUCCAGUUCUGUCAUUCUAGCACAGUGUUACUUGUGUUUAAACUAUACAGCAAAUAAGCCGAUAAAAUAUCAUAUUUUUGGAGAGUCUCCAGAUCUCCGGCUUGUGAAAUUUGUCGCUCGUUUCAACUGAUAAACAGGAAAAUAUUUUGUAAUUAGCAGCAUUUGUCAUGUUCGGUUUAUAUUGUCAGAACGUUGCAAGGAAUCAUGCAGAAAUGAUUUUCUUGAACUUGUUCACUGUUACAUUGCACAGCUUCCACCAUGUUGAAGGAAUGCCUGAGGAGUUGGCCUGGAAGGCCCUUGCACCCUUUACACUGUGUUGAAACCACGGUACAGGUUUUCUACACAACAGUUCAUUUUGUAUCAACAGAAGCUCAAAUAAAUUCACAGAUUUCUCAGGUAGAGUGACAUUAAGGAAGUUACUGAAACUCUUACAAGCACAAGAGAAGAGAAGGCUGUGAAACUGACAGAGAAAGAGUGGACGGGACAAGUUGGGCGAGUUCCUCUUUUGAGAUUUUCGGUUUCCAUCGGGAUAAUUAAAUUCAUCAUGUUGAAAGAUGGAAACAUGAAGCCGAGUCUAUAAACAAUGCGAAAAGUGUUUUAGCUGCUGGAUCAAUAAUAACUACGGAAGGAAUGUUCCUCAGUGUCAUAAGAUUUUUAAAAUACGUCUUACAUUACAUGACUUCAUUGUUAUGUGCCUCUGAAUACAAGGAUGGCCUCCCAAGAAUGUGUGUAACUUUACAUGAACUCCUCUAGUAUGUGCAAAUGAGUAGCUCUUUUGCAUUUGUGUAAUUUAUUUAAUUAAUAAAGCAUUUCAAGUUCUUAUGUAUUAUCUUUAAGGAUUAAACAUAAAAACAUACAAAGAUGUGAAUAUGCCAAUUUAUAUGACUUCUCCAGUAAAAUAAGUUGUUAAAACAGGGAUUCUGCAUUUCAUUGUAACCACCUGGAUGUGUAAUUUGAUAAUUCUUGUUAUUCAGCAUCCUUCCAUCCACUUCUUUAGGAAUAAAACUGUUUCCUUCUGCCAUUGACAUAGAAAGCAGGAAAACUGAAAUCAUCCUGCUCAGCUGUGCUGCCAUCUGUGUACUGAUAGCAGGAAGCAAGAUUAAUUCCAAUUUGCAAAUAGGAAGCUGGAGCACGGUGGUAAAAUCACUGAAGAGUCAUUACCUGAACUGUUACUAUUUAAUAUAUUAAUUAAAAUAUUUAGAUGUUAUAAAUUUCCUUUCAUGUCUUCAGUGACAUUCCAUUCAUCAUAUCAUUAUAUAUAGUUCAUCAUCAGUAAUCACCGCUGUACAAAUAUUUUUAAUGAGAAAUAAAUAUUUUGAUCCAGA